GAGCUGUCAAAACAGAAAAGGCGGUUUGUGCAAAACAAAUCGAACGCACACACCUCGAAACUUAAAAUUAGCUUUAAAUUUACCAGAAAUGCUUACAGAAGAAUUGCAUACAGUUCCAUAAGAUAAGUGCUAACAUAAAGUAUUGUCAAACGUUAGUGUUCAAACGGAGAAUAAAUCGUACCAGCUCCAGUGUCGCAAAAGGGUUGUGUAUUAGGGGAAGGCUUUGUUCGUCGUCCCUUCAUUUCGCCCAAGGAAAUAUCGAUUGAGGGUAAACACCUUGUUGUCGUCCGUCGUACGAAGGCUAACCAGUGGUGAGCAAGAGGCCAGUCGGUCUAGCUGGAUUUGGUAGCGAAUUGCGCCAGUGUUUGACGUACGUUGAACCGUAACGAUGUCGCAUCGUGAAAUACUGCAAUCGAUCCGGGAGGACGAUUUCGUCGAAUACUUCCUCUUCCCGGCCCGUCCUUCCGAUCCGACCGAUGUGGAGCUGGAGAACAGUGAAAACUCGCUGGAGCCACUCCUGCAGGAGGUGAACCGGUUGGCGGAUUCUUUCUGCCAGCGGUACAUCUGGCAUCGGGAUGCUUUCCGGGUCGUUCCAAGGCUGUUGAACGAUUCGCGUAUGCUCAUAGAAGCGGCCACGGGGGAGCACGGUACAGCGAGCGCGAAACUACCAUCUCAUCUGUACGGGAUUUCCCACGUCGGUGACAACAUUCAAGACGAAUGGUUCAUCGUCGCACUGCUGUUCCAUCUGACCGAGCGUAUCCCGGGGCUGGUUGCACGUGUGGUCGAUGCCGAUGGAGAGUUUUUGCUUAUAGAGGCGGCCGAACAGUUACCACGCUGGGCUAAUCCAGAAAGCUGUGAGGGAAAAGUGUUCAUCUGCGAUGGAACACUGCGGCUCGUGCAAUCGACGGAAGGGGAUGAGUCGGCAGAGGUGCAGGAUGCGCUCGAAUUGGUUAGAGGAACGGAAGGAAAGCAGUAUUGCGUGAGCGAAGAGGUGGAUCGAUGCAUACGCGAGCGGAUUCAAGGAUUUCCGGACGAAGUGACGGAACAUCAGCACCGGGCGACGGUAAAUGUACCCGUUGGAGUAGCGGCUGUAUUGCGCGAAAAUCCUCAACUAGUAGCUCCGGCAGUGUUGGCCUUCUGCGGCCGUGAUCCAAUCGAUCUGAAGGCGUGUCGUGCGAUGCGGUACUUUCCACCGGAAAACUGUGUGAACGUUAGUGUGACGUUCACGAAGUGUUUGUACGCGAUGCUUGCACAGAGCCGAUAUCUACCGGAUCGGAGAACCGGCUGGAGUAUUCCACUGUCAACCGACCCAGAGUAUAAGGCGCACAUGCUCGGUGUGAAGCUGGCCUGUGGGUUCGAGAUACUAGCAUCACAAGCAAAAAGCACCCGAACCGACUGGGAAACGGAUAAGGGAUGGAAAAGUUACUACGAGUCGCUGAAAGCGAAAGGAUACUUCCGGGACAAUAUCGAGGGCUCGCAGGAACACACGAAACUGCUCACUAUCGCGCGGGAGUAUUACGUGGACAACAAGGAUUCGAUGCGCACCACACCGAAGAUUGGAGAGGAGAUCGUUUCCAUUCUGAAACGAAACGAAUGGGACGUGGAAGAGCUGCGCAAGGAGGGUCUUGAUUUACCGCCGGCCGAUAGUGACGAUUGGAUGAACAUUUCCCCGGAAGAGCUAGACCAGCUGCUGACGAAGCGAUACGGAGCCAAGAAACUGUUCUCGCUAAACGGCAACACAAACGCAGCCGAAACGUUUACCUCGAUGGUGAACGAGUUUCUGGAGCAGAAGAGCGAAUACGAUGGCGUCGUAGUGGACAAGGAGAAGGAAGAGGAAGAAGAUCGAGCGGCAAAGGCAGUGUUGGCGAAGCUCGCCCUUGGCCCGCUUAAAUCACCCACGAAACCGAAACGCACCAAAAGCAAAAACGCGCACGAUCGACAGCAAAACCACAGCAAACACACUUCGGAAGCGCAGGUAGCCCAGGAAUCACCGUUCCACCAGUCCGCCACAGUAGAUUUCGAUGCCGGUGCGUUCGGGAUGCACGUGCGAAACAUGCUCGAUCUGCUCAUUCCCGAGGAUCGAUGGGAUUCGUCGGACGAGUCGGACAUGAGCGAUUACAGCCAGGACGAGUACGAUCGGAACAUUGAGGAUAUGUCACCGACCCGCACGCACCGGGCCGUACAGAGCGAGCUAAAGACGUACAUGGAUCAGAUGGAUCGUGAACUGGCCGGUACGACGAUUGGCAAGAGCUUCGAAACGGCGAUCGACGAUGACGAAACGGCGGAAGCGAAACCAGCAGGAGCAGCCAGUUCGACCGCCGGUGGUGACGAUUUCGACGACAUAGAAUCCUUCAAACCGGUGAACAUCGAUAUGAACACGCUGAAGAACAUGAUGGAAAGCUACCAGUCACAGAUCGGUGGUCCUGGACCGGCGGCCAAUCUGCUCGGUUCGAUGGGCAUACAGAUCUCGAAGGCUGGUUCUUCGUCCAAGCCGGAGAAAGGAAGCACACAGCAAACGGACGUCUAAACGCCAUUUAACCUUCGCUCAAGCCGUGGGUCCAUAUGUAUGUGUGUGUGUGUGCGUGUUGAUGGGUGUGUCAUCGUUAAGGUACUUCCCCUUCCCAUAGGUACGACCAUAGAGCGGUCAUAACAAUGCUUAAAUCAUCCACAAUAUCUCUCCCCUUAUCUCCUUUUGUGCCAGUGUUAGGUGAACGAACUUUCGCUUUCGAUAGCCUUUAAGAUCGAUGCACCCGAUCCGCUUCCCCCAUCUCAUAUGCACACCCUUGCGGCUGCUAGCCCUUUGCGUCCAAUACAUACGCAGUGCUAUGUCUGUACUGCAUUUUAAUCAUUAUCAAUAGAAGUAAGGGGAAUGGUGUGUUUUACGUUAAGAAAAUACGGAUCGAAUCCGAGCUCCAUUUGUUUUUUUAUCUCGCUAAGCGUGUGCGUGUCCUGCGUGAGUUCCUACAGAAGUAGUAGCACUCAUUAGGUGGAACAAUAUCAAUCUCCUCCUUUUCCACCUUCCAAUAGAUAAUGCUGCAUUUGGAAUGAUAGUGUACGGAGCAAUCAGUUAGAUAGAUGAAAAGAGUUUAGCCCAGAGUUUGAGUAGGGUAGUUGGAAGCAGGAAAAUGAUUUCAAGGAAAUGGAAACUUUGUUGGUGCUGAAACGUAAAUGAACGUACAAAGGAAUGUUAUUAGUUGGGCGGGGUGAAAGAUAGCAGCUUUAUCUGAUACAGGAAGAAAACUCUUUAUUUUCUCUUUACCAACUCAAUCAACUAUGCGCCAUAAAGAAACUGGAAUUUAAGCCACGUAUUAUAAUUAAAUUACCUUUCUAGUUGUAUGGAAUGGAACGAAAAAAUGAAGAUUGUUUAAGGUUCAUCGACUGGGUUUUGUCCGCCUGAAAGUAUGCAAUGGACUCGCUUUAAAAUACUUCAAGUAGCAAUGGAAUGAGAACCAAGUUGAUCGAUGGUGAAGAUAGUAGCACCAGACCCUGAAAUCCGCCAAAUAGGUACUCAAGUUUGGGACAGCGAAGCGAUCUUAUACAACUUGAUAAGAUCCUAAUUAAAACAUGGACCAAGAGAUUUUUUAGCACGAUAAAAACUAACAUCACAUAAUGACAUGCAAGGAAAGCUCUCAUGACUUUUGCUUACAAAUUCUUAACAAUUUUAAAUGACCUUGUCAGAUGAAAACGGCCCAAAUAGCGAAGAUGUAUUAACGGCGAUCCGUUAAUAAUAAAGGUCGAGAUAAGCGAUCGUUAGAUGAUAGAUCUCAACUAAGAAAAGUUGUGUAGACUCCUGCAGACGACAAAAAUCUCUGAGCUAAAUAGCUUUACAUAGCGCUUGAGAAGAGAGCUAAUACGCUCUAAAAUCGUCCCAUGGCGCUGCUUAGAUUCAAACAGUUUAUUGCAUACUUUCAGGCGUUUCAAAAAACCCAUUAACGUUCGUUUAUCGGUAAUACAUUAACGGCAGAAAGCAAACGCCAUGCUUCAAAGCGAACUUAACUCAUCGAAAGGAGCCCCCCCCUUAACUCCAUUUGAAAUGGAUCGCGUAGAUUUUGUACGUCUACACAUACCUACCUAAAUGUGGCGGAAGCAAAUAAAACGUUGAAAAAGCCAUGCCCAAAUGCGCUCUCCUCGUA